GUUAUAUGUCGUUAACUUCAUCAUCAUCAUCAUCAACAACAACAACAACAACAACAAAACUCUUAAACCUUCCAGCAAAAACUCCUAUCUUCUGCAACGAUUUUUCCGCCAAUUUCCCCCUAAAAAUUCUUUCUUUCUCUCUCUCUGUCUCCUCCGUUUUCUCUCUCCUAGGGUUUUCAAUCGAGAGAGAAAAAUAGGGGAGAACAGAGGGAGAAAGCUAAGAUUAAAAAGGGGUUAUCUUCUCCAUUUUACGUCGUAUUUAAUUUAAUUCUACGUUUUUAAUUGAAGAAUUUAAAGAAUAAUGGACGUAAAAAUGGAGGAGGUAGAAGAUAAAGUUUGUGUUUUUGAGGAUUCUUUGGAAAUUGACUUUGAUUAUGAGUUCGAUGUUGCCAAAUUUUAUGAUUUUACCAAGAUUGAGACGCCUGAAGAGAUUCUGGAAUAUGAACUUUGGUUUGAAUUAUCGGGAGGUCAUCCACCUUCUCCUUUGAUAAUGAAGUUGGACAAGGGAGCAGAUGACUUGGAAAGUGUAACUUCUUCCACAAGGUAUGAAUCUCAUGACGCAUAUUCCACCGAUAAUGACAGUGGAGAGUUUGAAGUUUCCUCAAUUGAACAGGCCAAAAAAGGGCGACUAUUUUUGAGGUCGAAAUCGAUGCCCACAUCGCAGCCAAUAUUUUCAGUAAGCUCCAGACUAUUACAACCUACAGCAAGCCUUUUGGCCAAGCAAAAUCAACAAAUAGGCGUCUGUUCAACAAGAGUUCUCGGAAGGCUUCAGAAGCUUGGAAAUCCCAUCAAGUCUCCUGAAGAAAUUGAGGCUACCAAAAGACAAAAGUUAGAGAUUGGUUACUUGCUCAAAGUUGCUCAGCUUAAGCACCAAACAAGUUUUUCACACAAGUCAUCUAAAAAGGUUGGAACUGCUGAUAUUAACCCCUCUCAUGGAAAGCCAAAAGUUACUGUUCCCAAAGAACCAGAUUUAGCAACAGCCCGUAGAGCACUUAGACACAGGUCCAAGAAUGGUCCACAUCUGAGCUGUGAUGCAGAAUAUAAUGUCUCUUCCAUUAGAGCAAGACCCUUAAAUGGAAAAAUUCAGGAGACUCAAUAUUCUAGUCAAGCAGUUAAUAAAACAUCACUCUUGCCACAGUUUCAGGAUGGAAAUAUUCGCCGUGGAAAGGUAGCUAACUCUAGUGGAAUGCUCAACCUUAGAAGGACAAACUCCAUCAAAGUUUUGGCACAAGAGAAAUCUGACCAGGACUACAACUUUAGAGAUCAUCCAUCAAAUAAGAAGAUAUUCUCGAGUGAAGGAGAUAUUGGUGUGUUCCGAAAUCGUAACAGGGGGACCACUGUCCCUAAGCUUUCCAACAGUAAGAAACUUUCCCAGAAUCCACCAGCUGAAUUGUUCAGCAAGCUAACUUUAAAUCCUGAAAUUCAUUCUACUUUGCGGCUUGAAGAACGUCCAGUUCAAAUAAAGGUUCUGAAGAAGGCUGUAUCAUUUUCCAACAUGAAGGAAAACAAGAAUGCAAAUGCUGUCACUCGAAAAUCGAUGAGGUGUUCAGGAAAUGGAGGUAGGAUGAUCAGAGAGAUAGGAAAUCAUCUUCCUAGUGUCAGGAGCUUCAAAAUUCACUGAGGCUAUAUCAGAUCACCGUUCGUAUAUAUAUAUAUAUAUAUAUAUAUAUAUAUAUAUAUAUGCUCGAAAAGGAAUGUCAAUGAAGUUGUAUAUACACAAGUCGUGUGUACAGUCGUUUUGAGUUCCUUGCUUCACUACACCUAUGUUCUUAACAUCACAUGCCUGCACAGUAGGUCGUCUUGCUCGUUAGCUAGUUGUCAAUUAGUAAAUGUUAUAACUUGUAAAUGGCCCUGAAUCCUUAUUGUUUCAACUUGUGAAGGCAGGAAACAAGAACCAGUUUUGUAGAAAUCAAGUCUCCAAUUCCUGCUUUUGUACAUUAACUUUCACCAAGGGUAUGUCCAAUGUAAUUGACGCACACCAUUUGAUGAAAUUAACUUGAACUUUUUCUUUUCCUUUUCCUUUUAACUUGAUGAUCAAGUUGGAAUGACUCUUAAUGUACCAAAAUGUGAAGAUGAUUGUGAAUACAAAUUUUAGAUCUGCAAAAUAAAAAGUCAACAAAUGUGAAUAAAAUAAUAUUUAAUUUAUUUA